AUGGCUGCAAACGACGGCGUCCUUCUCCGUUCACUCGAGCUCCGCCUCCUCCGCUGCUCGCUGCCGUCUGAAAACCCCUCUCGGCCGCCGUCACCCAUCCAGUCCUCGCCGUCCGUGGCUUCCAGGUUCCCUCACCUGCACUCGCUCCUGAACGACGUCGUUGCAUUCAUCGAGACAGGUUCCUAUGUACAGGCCCUCUCCUCCCCUCAAGCUUCUCAAGCGUUGUUCUCUGAUCUCCAUCUCGCCUCGUGUGAGUCCCCCGAGCAUUUCUAUACGGAGACGCUCCCGAAUUGCAUCAGCUCGUUUUUGAAUGUUAAUGGUGGCGAUGAUUCAUUGGAAUUGGGUUAUAAAGCGUUGCUCGUGAUAGCCGUGGGAGUUUCUGCUUUGCUCUCCUUCGCCCAGUGCAACUUUACUGGGCCACUGGAUAACAUUCCUUUGAUGCUGCUUGAGGAAUUACCUAUUCGCAAGGAUGAAAGAGGGAAUCUUUAUUGGAUAGAGUGGGAAGCAUGGGCACAAAAAGAGCUAAUGUCCGUUGGUUCUCACUUGCAUGCAAAAUUCUCUAAUUUGCAGUACUUGAUUUUUGGAAAGAUUCUACUGAUGAGGACCAGAGAUUUGCUAUUUCAAGGAGAUUUUUCUUCAAUUGAUGGAGUAAGAAGCAUUACAUGGUGGUUGGCUAGAGCUUUGUUCUUGCAUCAGAAAUUGUUGGACGGACAUUCAUCCAUUCUCUUUGAUCUGCUGCAAGUGUUUACUCGUGAAUGUUUGUCUCAUUUCGACACUUUAGAGAAGAUAAGAGAUUAUUGGUGUGCGAAUGAAGACUGUUCCACAAUCCUUUCCGUUCUUCAGUUAGAGCUGGGGAUACUGGAAAUUUACUAUGGUCGUGUAGAUGCUUCCAAUCAGCAUUUUGAAUCAGCUGCAGAGAUGUCCAACUAUAAUUUUUUCAUUAGUGGUGCUCUGGGUUUUCGGACUCAGCAUCAGGAGGAACCAAAAGCACUGCUUCGUCUUGUUUCUGAAACGAACGGUGGAGAUACAUCAGAUCCAGUAAGUCAGGACGCCAGCACUGCCGAAACUACUAAACGUCGCCAGCUUUCUGAAGCAUAUGGAGCAUCGGAUGUAUUGAUAGCUCCUAGAUUUCUAGAUGGUGUGGAACAUUUUGAAAAUAUCAAGCAGGAUGCCCAAUGUCAUGUUACUGGACCCUCACAGUUGAAGGCAGUUCACCAAGCCCUGAUUCUGGCACAUUGCCUUUCUAUCGAGAAAAAGGCCCGUAGUGAUGAAAUGCAAAUGUGGGAACUGGCACCAUAUAUUGAGGCUAUUGAUUCUCAGGAUACUUCUCCAUUCAUUGUUCGAUAUUACUGCAACAUAUUACGUGUCCGUUGGGAGUCAAGUCGCAGCAGAACAAAGCAGCGUGCCUUGCUGAUGAUGGAAAAGCUGGUGGAGGGCUUAUACGACCCUUCUCCAGGAGUUCCUCAAAGAUUAUACUACUGUUUUGCCGUCAACAUGCCAUCAAUCCCUGCACUUCGCAAGGAAUACGGGGACCUUCUCGUAAGCUGUGGCCUUAUAGGGGAAGCCCUCACAACAUAUGAGGACCUCGAGCUGUGGGACCACCUGAUUCACUGCUACCAGCUCAUGGACAAAAAACCGGCGGCCAUUGACCUCAUCAACCGGCGCCUGCUCGAUAAACCAUCCGACCCAAGGCUGUGGUGCUCCCUCGGUGACAUCACCCAUGACGAUGCCCCCUACCACAAGGCCCUUGAAGUCUCCGGCCACCGGUCGGCCAGGGCCUUUCGGUCCCUGGCCAAGUCCGCCUACAACCGAGCUGACUACGAAAACUCGAAAAAACUCUGGGAGUCGGCCAUGAACCUCAAUUCAAUGUACCCGGACGGGUGGUUCGCGCUCGGGGCCGCGGCCCUCAAGUCGAGGGACAUUAACAAGGCACUCGACGCCUUCACCCGGUCCAUCCAGCUCGAGCCUGAAAAUUCCGAGGCCUGGAACAACAUAGCCUGCAUUCACAAGGUCAAUAAACGAAGCAGGGAAUCUUUUAUCGCGUUCAAGGAGGCGUUGAAGCUGAAGCGCAACAGCUGGCAGAUGUGGGAGAAUUAUAGCGAUGUGGCAGCAGAUGUUGGGAACUUCAGCCAGGCACUUGAGGCCUUGUCGAUGGUGCUCGAGUUAACCAAUAUGAAGAGGGUGAAUUGCGAUUUACUUGGUAGGGUCAUGUCGGAGGUUGAGGGGAAAAACGGUAAUUCUGCCCUAGCGGAGCAGCUCGGGAGGGUUUUAAGAUGCGCCGUUCAGGGUUGUGGUGGGAGCCCAGAGUUGUGGGGGCUGUAUGCCAGGUGGCACAGGGUGAAGGGAGAUUUGGUUAUGUGUUCGGAGGCACUUCUGAAGCAGGUGAGGUCGUAUGGGGGGGAGGAUGUGUGGAAGGAUAAGGAGAGGUUUGUGAAGUUUGCACGAGCCUCGCUGGAAUUGUCCCAUGUGUACAAGGAAAUUGCAUCUCGAAGGGAGCUGUUUGCGGCCGAGAUGCAUCUGAAGAGCACGAUCAAGCGAGGGACUGAUUUUAGUGAUACCCAAGAGUACGGGGAGCUCGUGGCCUGUCUGGAGGACGUGCAGGUAGCGUUGGCGAACGGGUCCGUUGUUUUGUAA